GGGUCAGGCAGGGUGAUGGGAUGUAUACUUAAACGGACGCGCAGGUUUAGAAAUCAUCCCUGUGCAGUAGCUGGACUGACUGAGAGGCGCGACAGGUGGGUGCAGAGUGAUUGUUAGCUGACAAAGGGGAAGAACGUCCCAGAUGGCUCGCAGGAGACGAGGCCGUGGCGGCCAUGGACAGCAGCAACAACAGGGUGCGCACAAUCAAAAAGGAGGCCCUCGCAGGACUCUGCGGGAGCCAGCGGCUUUUGCCAAGUCUACAGGUUUUGAAUCAGAGAUCUCCCAUGACAAGCUCACCAUUGCUCAAGCACGGAGGGGGACACCAGCUAACCGCCCUGUGAGAGUCUACGCUGAUGGAAUCUUUGAUCUCUUCCAUUCGGGACACGCUCGAGCUCUGAUGCAGGCAAAAAAUGUGUUCCCAAACACUCACCUGAUAGUAGGAGUGUGCAGUGAUGAACUCACCCACAAGUUUAAGGGCUACACAGUGAUGACAGAGGACGAACGCUAUGAUGCCCUCAGGCACUGCCGUUAUGUUGAUGAGGUGGUGCGGGACGCUCCCUGGUCUCUUACACCAGAAUUCCUCAAGAAACAUAAGAUUGACUUUGUGGCCCAUGAUGAUAUCCCUUAUACCUCCGCUGGAUCAGAGGAUGUCUAUAAACACAUCAAGGAAGCAGGAAUGUUUGUGGCCACUCAGAGGACAGAGGGCAUCUCCACAUCUGAUCUGAUCACUCGUAUCGUCCGAAAUUAUGACAUGUAUGUCCGGCGCAACCUGCAACGAGGCUACACAGCCCGUGAACUAAAUGUUGGCUUCAUUAAUGAGAAAAAGUACCGGCUCCAGAACCAGGUGGACAAGAUGAAAGAGACAGUCCGUACUGUGGAGGAAAAGUCAAAGCAUUUUGUCUAUAGAGUGGAGGAGAAGAGUCAAGACCUCAUCCACAAAUGGGAAGAGAAGUCACGAGAAUUCAUUGGCAACUUUCUGGAGCUUUUUGGACCUGACGGAGCAUGGCAUGCAAUUCAGGAGAGAAGUGGUCGCAUGCUCCAGGCCCUGUCACCCUACUCUUCACCUCGUGGCUCCCCAAGCAGCAGUCCCACCAGAAGACGCUCAGUUUCUUCUGACUCCACCCCCUCCUCUGCAACUGCCUCCCCACCUUCCUCUCCAUCUUUCCCCUCUUCAACCAAAAAGGGGAGACGCUCACGCUCCUCGCCCAAAGUUGCCUCUACAAACAGUAAACAAGCACAGUGAGCUCCUCGUUCUUUAACCAUGUUUAUUUGCCCUCUUGCAGUCUACGUGCCAUUCAUUUGAAACACAAUGUUCCUAAAAUGGCUAUUAAUUAAAAAAUAAAUAAAAAUAUUUAAUUUAUUAAGGGUGUAUUUAAGUGAGAUGUCAUGUAGAUAAUGUGUG